CUGACAUCAGUCACUCUUUGUUGUCUCAGGAAACGAAAAUCCGACGUUGACCUUACAAUGUUCAAAAUCAUCAUCUUCCCAUGACCUUUCCGCAGUCAACAAGUCCCCAGGCUCAGCACAAGCAUGCCUGCUCCCUUUGCGCACGGCGGAAGGUAAAAUGCAAUAAGGCAGACCCCUGUUCAAAUUGCGACAAGGCGAAGGCUCGUUGUCUCUACGAAGUUCCUGUACAACCUCGGCCUCGUAAGAGAGCUGCCGACGAAGACUUGCUUAGCCGAUUGGCUGCAUACGAGGAGCUGAUGCGGAAGAACAACAUUGACUACAGUCAGUAUGCCCACACUUGGGUUACUUCAGGACCAAACGGUCAAGUAAAGGAGCAUGAAUCUAUAAGUCCAGUCUCGACAUUGCCUACGAUCAGCCAUGAUAGACCAUGGACCCGGGCUCAAGAAGAGAUACCUACGGAGACGGAACGAUGCUUGUGGGCAAGUCUUCCACCAGAGCUCAAAUACCCCCCUUACCAAAGUUUGCCUCGAAACGAUGACGGAACCAAACAUCCUGGGCUGUCAAUGAGCGACUUACUAUCAAGCAGCCAGCCUGGGAUAUCACAAGUGCACCCGGAACCAAGGCAGAUCUACCGCUUCUGGCAGGUAUUUGUUGAGUCGGUCAACCCCCUCUUGAAGAUAAUUCAUGUGCCAACGUUACAACAACGAGUCCUGGACGCCAGUUGGAACCCUUCCAGCGCACCAAAGCCCCUUGCAGCCAUGCUGUUCGUUAUAUACGCUCUAGCAGUUGCGUCCACCUCGGGGGACGAAUGCUUGUUGGCCUUUGGCGAAACUAAAGUUGCCCUGUCAAACCGUUACCGACAUGCUACCUUUCGUGCCCUAGUCGAGGCAGACUUCCUGACGACUCGAGACUUCGAAGUUCUACAGGCGCUCGUCCUCUUCCUCUUCUCAGGCCCAGACUCGGAGCUGACGUCCACACUGACUGGCGCCGCCAUUCGGAUCGGCCAGAAGAUUGGCCUGCAUCUAUACAAAGCAGACCCUAAUAUCUCGGCAUUCGACGGAGAAAUGCGCGUCCGCCUUUGGUGGCAGUUAUACGGUAUAGACGCCCGAACCCGUGCCGCUGGCCGAAGCUCCCAGCCGUCCGCAGGCGAGUUCGGUAACGUCUGCCUCCCGCUCAACGUCAACGACGCCGACCUGCACCCCGAAAUGACCGAGCUGCCCACCGAGCACACAGGGCCGACCGAAAUGUCUUACGUCUUGGUAAAGUUUGAGGUGACCAAUUGGGUUCGCUCAUCCGCCAGGGCAUCCGUAAUCCUCGACUUAUGUUCUCAAGGGACAGCGAGGGGGACGAAGCAGACGGGGCUGGAAGACAAAGCCAUCGACGAGUUGGAGGCCAGGUACCACGAAAAGUUCCUCCGCCAUCUCGACCACAACGUCCCUCUCUACGCCUUAACGUACGCGAUGGCCAAGAUUGCAAUUGCUCGCAUGCGAUGCAAGGUUCAUAACCCGCGGGGGCAAGCUUGGGGCGUCGGAGAGGCUCUCAUGUCACGAGAAAAAGGCGACGUGCUUUUCGAAUCGAUCCUAACAUGGUUGGAGAUGCUGGACCUGGCCUUGCGUACCAAGUUCUCGUCGCACCUCAUCACCCACAUGACAACCAGAUACACCUUGGACGCCUAUAUCUACAUGAUCAGCGACCUUCGACGGCGGUGCUCGGGGGAGCGGGUGGCUUUGGCCUGGAGGCUGGUCGAAAAGCUGUAUGAAGAGCACCCUGAGAUGAUUCGGGAUAUUAGUCAAAACACGUUCUUUGCAGCACUGGGCGAUUUAACCCUGGAGGCUUGGGAGGCUCGUAGGAAGGAGCUGGUCGACUCUCAAGAGACUCGCGCCGCUGGUCUCUCGCCCGCGUUUAUCCAUUCCAUAUGGGACCAGAGACGCAACCAAGCUGUGCAGGUAUCCCAGCUAUCAGCCCCAGAGUUGCAGAAUCUUGACGCGGUCGGUUUGAUGGAAAACGGAGACCUGGACUGGGAAUAUUGGAAUGACUUUCUGCGGCUAUAAGUAGCUAAUAGCUCCACAAUCCAGGGGAAUCUCACGGCAAGUAUCAGCUGUGGCGUCAAAUUUGCCAGACACUCAAUUUUAAACCCUAGAGCUUCCUUCAAGCAGCGAGUUUAUGACAUAAUGGAUCAGGGACUUCUUGUUAGCUUGCAUCGCUAUCGUUAUA